CGGGCCGCCAUCUUGGCUGGGAGCCGCGGUCGCGCCGCAGCGGGGAGGUUGGGCCGGGGGGGGGGUCGCGGCCCGGCUCGCCCGGCCUUGCGGCGCUCGCUCGCUCGCUCGGCCUGCGGUUCUGGGCAGGCGGGGCGUCUCUGCGGUGGAAGGACCUGUCGUCCAGCAAGGAGAGAUGAGCAACAACAGUAAUAAGAGAGCACCGACGACGGCAACGCAGAGACUUAAACAAGACUACCUGCGAAUUAAGAAAGAUCCAGUGCCUUAUAUCUGUGCAGAACCCCUCCCAUCUAAUAUCCUUGAAUGGCGCUAUGUUGUACGGGGACCUGAAAUGACUCCAUAUGAAGGUGGCUAUUAUCAUGGGAAACUAAUAUUCCCCAGAGAAUUUCCUUUUAAACCUCCUAGUAUUUAUAUGAUUACUCCUAAUGGAAGGUUUAAGUGUAAUACAAGGUUGUGUCUUUCAAUCACUGAUUUUCACCCCGAUACAUGGAAUCCAGCUUGGUCAGUCUCAACGAUCUUGACAGGCCUUCUUAGUUUUAUGGUGGAAAAGGGUCCCACACUGGGCAGCAUAGAGACCUCAGAGUUCACAAAGAGACAACUUGCUGCACAAAGCUUAGCAUUUAAUUUGAAAGAUAAAGUCUUCUGUGAACUCUUCCCUGAAGUGGUGGAGGAGAUUAAACAGAAACAGAAAGCACAAGAAGACCUCAGUAACAGAUCUCCAUCCCUCCCUUUACCAGAUGUUGUCCCAGAUGGGGAAGCACAUUAUGGCCAAAACGGAAUACCCCUUCUUAAUGGGCAUGUACAACUGGCACCUGCCAAUCAUCCAGGUCUCCAACAAGCCAAUCGUAACCAUGGACUCUUAGGAGGAGCUUUGGCGAACUUAUUUGUUAUAGUUGGUUUUGCAGCCUUUGCCUACACAGUCAAGUAUGUACUGAGAAGCAUAGCACAAGAAUGAGAAGUAAAACAGAAAUUCAAGACCAAAAUAGUGAUAGUUGCAGAAUGAGUGGGACUCUUUGGGCAUCUGACUUUGGUACUGGGAUAAAUAUUUGUACUACCAAGCUGUAGAUAGAAUAUUGGUUGGCUCAUGGGUUAAGUUUGGGAAAUGGAGUAGGCUCAGUUUAGUCAGAAAACUAAAAGAUGUUCUGCUCACAGAUCCUGUUGUCCUCACUACUGUUCAGUAGUGGCUCACAAACAAGUCAAAGCAUUAUUGAUGAGAAGCUAGCAUUACUAAUGCUUUGAUUUUAUAGCAUUUCUCCAUUCUGUUAUUUGAACUUUGAAAAUAUUAAGUAAAUGAGUCUUUUUACUAGAUUGAACAAUUUUUAAAAUUUCACACUUGAUGCAUAUCGUAUUUUAGUUUCAUUAGCAAAGAGUCUGUACAAGGCUUGAAGUGAGUAAAGUGGAGGCUUAGUAAGGGUCUGGUUAAUGUGAGCAUUGAUGCUACAGAAGAUAGCUGGUUUCUUUUGUAAAAUAGAGUGAACAUCAUUGCAUAUCUAGUCAGUAGUGAUUAGAUCAGUGAGAAAGUAACACCGUGUGUGUUAAAUGUGUUGUCUAAAUUGUCACAGUAUAACUUAAGAAGGUCUUAUUUGGGCUACAAGAAGUGCAGUUGUUGGCCUUUAGGAAACAAUUAGCCAGAAAAAAAUAUUUGAAUUGGUCUGAGUGGGGAUACUGAUAUUCAAUAUAGUUUUGAAUUUGUUCACUUAGUUACAAUUUCCAUUUUGGGAAAUGUUAUAUUUUAAAACUGUAGUACUUUAUUUUGAUCACAAGGUGCCACUGUUUAAUAAAUCUGCACAGAAAGAAAAGUAAAUUAUGUAUUCAGAAGAAGCUUCCCUGGAUUUCUUGGGCUUUGGUAAAUGAAAAAAUAGUAGCCUGUGUGGAGCUAAAAAGACAAAUGAGGCUGAAUACUGAACCAGAUUCUUCAAAGUCAGCUGAAUUCAUCUGAAGUGCCACUAGCUGAAGUGAACUACUUAGAAUUAGUAUUGCUUACUUUGCUUGAAAAAUUUGGGUAAACUAUUUAAAAAAGAGAGAGAACCUAAGUCUUUCUAUUUUACCUGAGUUCCCAGAAUCCUGAAUCCUUUGGCUUCUAAAUUAAGUUCCUUUUUGUCCCCCUUCAGAUGAUGGAUGACUGAAAUAUCAGUGUUUGUUCUUGAGGUUACAUGAUUGUGAAUAAACACUAAAGCUUCUAGUGUAGUUUGAGAGUCUGAAGUUACUUUUUCUGCUCAGUUUCCCUCCCUGCUUAGUUUUAUCCAAAUGCUUUGACUUACCAGAGGCAAGCUUACUGUGCCUUUCGUAAUUAACAGUGAUAUCUAGUCAUCUGGGGAAGAAAGCACUCACUGUUAAUGAUCUAACAAACUGUAAAAGGUGAUAGCAGGGUAAAAUGCUCUGCAUUUAACUGCAUAUUCUUUGUUAAAUGUUGUGAAAAGCCCAAUAAAUAUUACCUCAUGUAUUUAAGAAA